ACUAUGUGCCUUGCAUUGACUGGGUUCAUGGCUCAUCAGUCUGGCUAUCCCUUUUCCUCUACCUUGUUCCUCUGAUCAAUACCCCCAUUCAUCAAAGCAAUAACAAUUUCUAGUGAAAUCCAUUGGUUAUGAGCACUAAGUCAAAGACACAUGGCUUCCUGCAUCAUCCUCUUUCUCAUCAUUUUCAGUCUCUGCUUUGCCAAAACCUGUGUUGCAGCCACUGAAAAUUCCUCAUCUAUAAGGGCCAGUUACAUAUACUAUCUAGACUCAGGCCUUCCCUCAACAUGGUAUAACAACAAUUCUGUCAUUAUGGAUGGAUGGCAGAUGAGAGUGUUCCUCGUGUACCCCAAGGAUCCUCGGUUUUACUGUGGAUUCUUCUGCACUGGAACCUGUGAAAGCUACUUUUUUUCAGUUGUCCGAGUUGUGGGAGGCAAUGCAAGUCUGAUUUGGUCAGCGAAUGGGCGUCGUCCCGUGCAAAAGAAUGCCGUGGUGCAACUGACUAAUGGAGGUCUAUCACUCAGAGAUUCAAAUGGCACAAAAGUCUGGUCUAGUAAUACAACUGGUAACUCCAUAGUGGGAAUGAACCUUACUGAAGCAGGAAAGUUGGUUCUCUUUAACAAUGAAGGCACCGGGCUUUGGCAGUCUACUAUCCAGAACCAAACCAACACAACAUCGACAAACACAACAUCGCAAAACGAUUAUUGUAGCUCUGGGGAUGGGUUAUGCAGUGAAGGGCUAUGUAGUUGUCCUGUGGGUGUUGAUGGGAUUGAAUAUUUCAAGCAGAACCAAUCUCAAUUUGCAGAAGUAGGUUGCUCUAGAAUUACUCCUCUGUCAUGCAACUCUCCAUUGAGUCAACAGCAACUUGUGGAAGUAAGAAAUUUUACCUACUUGAGCAUCAAUGAGACGACUGAAGCAUUUCCAAAUAUCAAGGAUAUGGAAGGGUGCAAACAAACCUGCUUGCAGAAUUGUUCUUGUGGUGGAGCCUUUUUCAGGUAUGAUUCAGAUGCUUCAGAUGGAUAUUGUUUUAUGCCCUCUAGAAUUUUGGUAAUAAGAGAAGGGCAAACGGCGAAUUACACCUUCACGUCGACAUCAUUCAUCAAGGUACAGAUCCCCUCUCUUGCACCUAGUCCUUUUCCAACAGAACCAGAGAUUGUGCCACCCCCGCGUCCAAAAGGAAACAAUUUUGCAGCAAUAGCAGCAGGAUCUGGUGCUGGGGCUUUUUUGUUAGUCUGUUUUCUAAUUUUUAUACUGUCAAUGAAAUUGCGGAAGAGUAAGGAGGAGGAGGAGGAGGGUGGGGAUGCUUAUACCAAUCAAGUUCAAGUUCCGGGAAUGCCUGUGAGAUUUUCAUAUGAAGAUCUAAGGAGAGCAACCGAGGAAUUCAAGGAGAGACUUGGCCGCGGGGGAUUCGGGUCUGUCUUCAAAGGAAUGCUACCAGACGGCACUAAGAUUGCAGUCAAGAGGCUCGACAAAAUGGGGCCAGGGAUGAGGGAGUUCUUAGCGGAAGUUGAGACUAUUGGAAGCAUACACCAUUUCAAUCUUGUGAGACUGAUUGGAUUCUGUGCAGAGAAAUCUAACAGGCUUUUGGUUUAUGAAUACAUGAGUAAUGGCUCUUUAGAUAACUGGAUUUUCUAUAGAAGCCAGGGGCCUUGUCUUGACUGGCAAACCAGAAAGAAGAUUAUACUAGACAUAGCCAAAGGGUUGGCUUAUCUUCAUGAAGAUUGCCGGCAAACAAUAGUACAUCUGGACAUAAAGCCGCAGAACAUUCUCCUGGAUGAAAAUUUCAAUGCCAAAGUUUCUGAUUUUGGGUUAUCUAAGCUAAUAGACAAAGAUGAGAGCCAAGUGCUUAUCACAAUGAGAGGAACUCCUGGGUAUCUUGCUCCAGAAUGGCGGGAAUCCAGAAUCACAGUAAAAGUCGAUAUUUAUAGCUUUGGAAUUGUUCUUCUUGAGAUAGUAACUGGAAGGAGAAAUUUUGAUCGGACACGAGCAGAGUCUAGUUCACAUAUACUUGGGCUAUUGCAAAAGAAGGGAGAGGAGGAGAGACUACUUGACAUUGUGGAAAUUUUGGAUGAGGACAUGAACAAUCGUGAAGAAGUGGAGAGGAUGAUAAAGAUUGCAGCAUGGUGUUUGCAGGAUGAUCACACAAGAAGGCCUCCCAUGUCAGUAGUUGUGAAGGUUUUGGAGGGUGUUAUGGAGGUGGACUCAAACAUCAUCUACAAGUUUGUCCAUGCAAUGCGCCCUCCUGCUGUAGUCAAUGAUCGGGUUUCUACUGCAGUAGAAGCAUCUGUUCUUUCUAAUCCAAGAUGAUCAAGACUUCUUGGGAUAAAAAGGAAAGAAAGGUCUGUAAUGUACUACCGCAGCAUUGAAUUUUGUGAAAAAACCAAAUUGGUAUGUAAUUUUCAAGCACCUGAGCCAUGUUUUAGGUUCUUCAAGCUUUAUCUGAAAAUGUAAUGAAUUGAGCUUGAGCUCUGUUGCAAUCUUAAUCCAGCUUGGUUCGUUGUUUCUUUUGAGUAGAA